AUGAUAGGGGAUGGUAUAAUAAGUAGCGAAAUUUUAACAACUUGCACUGUAACUUACAGUGUAAAAUCCGCGACAAACGGCACGUUUUCGGCUAACGCCAGUCUUUUCGAUUUCAGUUCGCCGACGGACCCAGGAGGAAUUCUUCUGUUGCAGCGCCUGCGGCGCCAAAUUCUACCACAGGAGGACUUUUAUGCGGCACCGAAACGCGCGUUUUGGUGCGAAACGUGCGGCAACAGUUACAAGUACGAGAGGGGCCUGAAGAGGCACCGGUUGGAGUGCGGCCAGGAGAAGCGCCUGAGCUGCCUGUUUUGCAGCCACAAGGCGCACAGGCGAGACAAUCUCAACAUGCACAUGCUGCUCAGACACGGCUUUUCCAUCACCAAGCCGGCCGGUUCCAAUCGAACGGAUAAUUGA